UCCCUCCCCCAUCUCAUCAUACAUACGCUUUGCUAGAAAGAGAAAGCUUAAAGCCUCCUGCUUUCCUCAUUUUCUCGUACCAUUUUAACCGAAAACUGUUCGUUUUCUGGGAAAAUUCCUUCUCCCUCUUUUGCCGACCUCCCCACAAUUUGUGCGUUUUCCUUCCUCUCCCCCCCAUCCCCUGCUUUUAACCGGGAAAGGAGCGACUCCAAAUUUUCUCUCUCCCUCUCUCUCUCUCUCUCUCUCACUCCGACCCUCCCCCACACUCGCCGCCGCCCGAUUGGUCCCCGCGUCCUUUUCUCUCUCAAUCUCUCCGAGGCGAUUCGUCUGAUGAUCCCAUUUGACUCCCCUGCUCCGCCGGUUUGUAUCUCGUCUGCUUUUGCUUCCGGGUUCUUUGGUUCUUUGGUUUUUCUUUUUUGUCCAUGCUCUCGCUAGUUGGUAAUCGAGAUCUGUGAUUGUAUAGCCCAUGGCGGAGUGCGAGGUUGAAAUUCGGGGCGGUUGCUUUUUAGCGGUCGAAUGCGUGGGAAUUUGGAGUUCUCCUUAGAAAGCAAGGGUUUUGUGUUGCUUUGCGGGUUUCGCGAGCUGAGAUUCGAUCUGGGUUUUCGAGGUUGGACAGAUUUUUAGUAGUGAGCGGCAAGGGCUGUGGGUUGUGGUUCGUGGGUCGUGGGUGCUUUUUUUUUUUUUUUUUUAUUUUUUAUGGUUGGGGGUGGGAUAGAGAUGAAGAUAGAGCUAGGUGCUGGGUAUGGCCCGUGGAAUGAUGAAGAGAAAGCCAUGGUGGCUGCUGUCUUGGGAACCCGGGCAUUCGAUUAUUUAGUGUCGAGAUCAGUUUCCAAUGAAAAUCUCUUGAUGUCCAUUGGGAGCGACGAGAAUAUGCAGGACAAGCUCUCGAAUCUCGUGGACCACCCCAACUCUUCCAACUUCAGCUGGAACUAUGCCAUCUUCUGGCAGAUUUCCAGGUCCAAGUCGGGGGAUUGGCUAUUGGGUUGGGGGGAUGGGUCCUGUAGGGAGCCGAAAGAUGGAGAAGAAUCCGAAGCGACUCGAAUCCUUAAUUUGAGACUCGAGGACGAGGGCCAGCAGAGGAUGAGGAAACGGGUGCUGGACAAGUUGCACACCGUCUUUGGUGGGUCGGAUGAGGACAAUUAUGCUCUCGGCUUGGACCGGGUGACGGACAUGGAGAUGUUCUUUCUGGCGUCCAUGUACUUCUUGUUUCCCUCGGGAGAAGGGGGUCCAGGCAAAUGUUUUGCCUCGGAGAAGCAUGUAUGGCUGACAGAUGCACUCAAGUCGUCUUCUGAUUAUUGCGUUCGGUCAUUUCUUGCAAAGUCUGCAGGGAUUCGGACAAUAGUUUUGGUUCCGACUGACGUUGGGGUUGUAGAGUUGGGUUCGGUUAGAUCUGUCCCGGAAAGCUCGGAGCUGGUGCAGACCAUAAGAUUGUCUUUCUCGACGAAUUCAUUUAUGUCGGUUAAGCCAAUAGCUGCCUUACCCAUGACGAAUGAAAAGAAGGACGAAAACGCACCCUUCUCUAAUUUGGCGUUGGCAGGUAAGGGUGAGGCAAUCUCCAAGAUAUUUGGUAAGGAGUUAACCACAGUUAACAGUCCUGGCCAUUAUAGGGAGAAACUUGCCGUUAGAAAGAUGGACUCCAGGCAAUCGUGGGAACCUCACCAUAACGGAAGUAAACUCCCAUUUUCAACUCCUAGAAAUGGCACCCAAGACACGAGUUGGGCUCAUCAUGCUCAUGGCGUAAAGCAGUUGAGUCCUGUGGAAUUUUAUGGCUCUCAAACCUCAGCCAGUAAAUUAGAGGAGCGGAUGAACAGCGGUAGGAAUGAUUUUGGAUUGAACCGCUACCCAACACCAAAGCAGGUGCAAAUGCAAAUCGACUUUACAGGUGCCACUUCAAGGCCUUCUGUGAUAACCCGACCAUUCACUGCCGACUCUGAGCAUUCUGAUGUUGAAGCUUCAUGCAAGGAAGAGCAGGGUGGUGCAGCAAACGAGAAGAGACCAAGAAAAAGAGGCAGGAAGCCUGCGAAUGGAAGAGAAGAACCUCUCAAUCAUGUGGAGGCAGAACGGCAGCGACGUGAGAAGCUGAACCAGAGGUUCUAUGCCCUUCGUGCAGUGGUGCCUAAUAUAUCCAAGAUGGAUAAAGCUUCAUUAUUAGGAGAUGCCAUUGCUUAUAUAAAUGAGCUUCAAGCGAAGCUCAAAAUCAUGGAAGCAGAUCGGGAGAGGUUUGGAAGCACUUCAAGAGAUGCAUCAGACGUCGAGGUUAAUGCCACCGCAGAGCAAUCAAACCAAUCUCCAGAUGUUGAUAUCCAAGCUACUGCUGCUGAUGAGGUUGUCGUGAGGGUCAGCUGUCCUUUGAAUUCUCACCCUGCAUCAAGAGUUAUCCAGGCUUUCCAAGAGGCGCAGGUCACCGUUCUUGACUCGAAGCUUUCGACAGCCAAUGAUACUGUGUUCCAUACAUUCCUGAUAAAGUCGCAAGGGUCUGAACAGAUGACAAAGGAGAAGUUAACUGCAGCAUUUUCCCGUGAAUCCAACUCCUUAGAGCCAUUGUCGUCUGUUGGCUAGUGGGCGAUGUGCACUUAUGCUAUAGUGGAUAGGCGUAAUGCAUAGGGAAAGCCCCUUUGGAAGCUCGAUCAGAGUUUUGGAUUGCUGCAGAGUUUCCUCAAGGAGUGGUUGAGCCAAAAGGAGAAAAAUGACUUCCUGUUGACCAAUUAGGACAGCAAAUUUACUUUCAUUUUUUGUUCUUUUUCUUUUCAUGGUAAACAAUUCUCUGAUAAGCAAAUAUUCUUGAAAGUUUAAUUGAGUCUGUAAGUUUAUACCAUUUGUGGCUGUUCUGAACAUUAAUAUAGUUUCUCUUUAUAUUUUUCCUUUUGAUGGUUUA